AUGGAUUAUGAUGGCAAUGAUUUUCAAAGCCAAAAUUUUCAGCUAAGUGGGGAAGAUAACAGCAGAUUCUCAUCAGGUUUACGAUCAUUUUCUCUGCCCAAGUUCGAAUUGGACGAACAUUUUCAGGUCAAUCUAAGGUUUGAUAGUCUAGUUGAACCUGAGUCUUUGAUUGGCAUCCAAGAUCAAGAGGAGAGAAACUGGAUUGAAGACUUCUCAUCUGGUAACGCAGCAUUGGAGUUUAACUCUGGUCCUGCCGAACCCUGCUCUAUCUCUAGGCGAAAAAAUGUGUGGUCUGAAGCUACAUCGUCCGAGUCUGUUGAGAUCUUACUGAAAUCUGUUGGAGAGGAUGACGUGAUCAACAAGAGAACAUCUUUUAUUGAUUUGGAUGCCCAUAAUGAAUUGAGUGGUGUAAAUAAUCACAUGGAUCCUAGUUGCUUUCAAGACAGUUCUGUUCAUUCAAAGGGGGUGACAGCUAUGAAUGAGGACUCUGUGCUACUUCCUGAGAAAUGUGAGAAAGAAUUGCCCAGAUUGAAUGAAAGUGUGACUGCAGAACUGCCUGAUGCCCAAGUUACGUCUAACACAUUCAAUGAUGAGAAUUUGGAAGGUAGAAUCGUUGAUGAGAUGAACAUAAGCCCUUGCAAAGUUGUGUCUGAUGAUUGUAUCUUGAAAGAAGUUAUAACUGCAGCUACAGACAAAUCCUUUGUGACGAAGGAAAAGUCAUUUGACAACAACGACAAUGAAAUGACCCUUGAUAGCUGCCAAUUGGAUGACGAAUUUGUGGAAAAGAGUGAAUCGGGUGAUAAUUCUGCCCAAUUGGUGGCUGAAGAAAUUCGGGAUACCACUAUUGACCGAAUGGAUCCAAGGACAUUUCCCGUCAAGAGUUCUGCUAAAGAUUCUGGAAACUUAUCAUCAAAGGAAAUUGUUGAGCAAAUACGAGAAAAUUAUCCUCAGGAUGUGCUGCCUGUAGGGCCACAAAUUCUGGUCACGGAUGGUUCUGAUAAAGUGGAGAAUCAAAUUGUGAAAAAAGGAAGUGGACAUACUAAUGAAAAUUCUGAGGUAUUUGUCCCCAAACUGGGCCAUGUUGUUCCAGAAGGCUUAUCUAAUCUAGAGAUGAAGAUCAAGCCAUCUUCUUUGUUAAUGGAAGGAUACAGUAAGCAUGCAGUCUCUGAGAAAGAUGGUUUACUGGAAGACGUUGCUCACCAAAUAGAGAUUCUGAGCAAAGGCAAUGCUUCCAAUGGUCAGACUGUGACAGCAUCACAUGAGACUGAUGUUUUGGUUAUCAAGGGUAAAAUAAGUCCCGAGGAUCAUUCUGUUGAAAGCAGUCGGUCCGAUGAUACGAAGCAGUCUGCAUGGUCUACGAAAAUUGAUUCUUUUGAGCAUGUGAAAGGACCCCAUGAUGCCAGUUCUGAACCCCAAAUUCUGUUGGAGAAUCAUGAUCUGCAAAUUCAAAAUGUGUUAAUGACGAAAACCGCUGAGUCAGUUGAUGAUUAUGGAAGAAGAAAACUAAAGGAACCUUUGAUUUCCCCUGAAGAAAGUGAAGAUGCGCAAUGCCAUCAACCUGAAAGAAGCAAGGGUGUGGAAGAUUCUUUGAUUAUGGAACAUGAAAUAAAGAGUACAGGUAAUGGAGCACAAGGAAGAGAAGAAAGAGAUAAUGAUGAUUUGGGAUUCCAUAAAUUCGAACUUGCUUCCGGUGUCUCAGAGUCUGCAGAGGUUCAGAAGAGUUCUGAAGAUGAAGUGCCUAAGAAUCAUACAAUGGACGUAGAUGAUAGUACUUGUGCUCCUGGUCAGGUGGUGCUGGAAGUUAUCAAUCCAAAUGGACGUGAUGAGGACUCUGAGAAUGUGGGCAACUUCCAUACACAGAAUACCAAUCCAUCGGAGAAAUAUAGCACUGGCCACGAACUAGAGAGUGGAGACCCCACUGUUCAGAGUGCCAGGUCCUCUGUGCGUCCAGAUAAUUUGAAAUCUCAGAUGAAUGAAAAAUUGGGAGAUUCUUCAGGUCAAGAUCAAGAUGCUCAUAUUCUAUCUGAUCCCGCAGAAAGACGUCCGAUUAUGGAGACUAUACGAGCAAUUGCAGGUAAUGAUUUGUAAAUAUUUUCUUGGAUGUGAUCUAUGUAUUUGUUUUCUUUCAUAUGAUUUGGAUGAUGACCUCUUGAAGUGGAAGCGCUGCAUUCUGUGGGGGAAUGAGUGGUUCUCUGAUUGCGGAUCAAGUCCAACAGAUUGAGAACUUAUCGUUUUUGUAUCAUAAAAUAUAAUAUUAAGAUAACUACAUCUCUCUGCUGCCUCCCAAUCCUUGAAGUUUAGGCAAAUAUCGUAUUAUUUAUUUGAUCGUCAAGUCAUAUGCUUUAUCCUUUCUCUUCUGUUCUGUUAUCUCAGCUGGAUGCAUUAAUUUAUUUGUAUUAUUUUGUUUUUAAGAUCAAGAUUCGUAUUAUUUAUGUUUCCUACUUGUUUUCUUAACUGGACGCAUUUAUUUGUGAAUUCGUCUCAUUUUUUGAUUUACGUCUGAAAAUGUCUUGUUAUCUGAGAAACCAUUCUAUGCUCUACGUCUGAAAAUAUCUUGGAGAUGACUCUUUUUUUGAUACUUGGUGACACGACGUAAUUUGAUUUACUUCUCAGCGGCAAAACGUGUAGACUUGACUUUAGUUUGAUCAAUUAUUGCUUAUGCCUUUUUUUUUCUCUAGGUUGUGUAAUCCUUGGUUUAUAUUUGUCGUGGCCUUGCAUUUGUGGCAUUUAGGCAGAUCUAGCAACAAGGCCUUUUGAUGGCAUAGCGAGGGUUGUUUGAUUUAUUGAUGAGGAAAUUAUAAAUUUAUUUUCAAUGUUUUAGUGGUCUUUUGGGAGUUUCUGUAUUGUUGGGGAUGCUUUUUUGUUUGGGGGGGGGGGGCGUUGAUCAUUUUGAGGCCUUCUUCUUAUUCGUUUAUGACCGUAGCACCACUUCUCAGCUUACUUGUAGAUGACAAAUCAUUGCAGGGUUGAACGGUGAACCAAAUUCGUCUGUUUUUUAGAGGGUUCAUAUGCUAAUGUAUUUGUGUUAUUCGAUUUGUGGUAGCCACUAUGUCAUGUAACUUUGUUUCUCACCGGUUGGUUUAUGUAGAUCCUGAUUGACAGGUAAGGAAAAUUGUAGUGAUCGUGACUAUAAUAAUGAUGGCUGUUAAAAUCUGAUUGUGAAAUGUUUUGGAACAACAUAGAGCGUUAUGUUUUUCUUACUGCGCUGAUUGUCAUUUAAGUAGCCAUUUAAUAUUAGUUAAUAAUGCCUGAGACUAUUGUGUGUGAUGCAGUCGACAGUAAUGAGAACUCCCUUCAAUCUGUUAAUUUGCCUGGAAGUUCUUCUGAACGUCAGAUGUUCGAAGCUGAACAUAGAGAUCCAAGUUCUCUUGAACCCGUUUGUGGGUCACCAACAAUCAUUGGCUGUGCUGAACCUUCUUCUGGGGGGUUGGACCAUCAAGAGGUUGACAAACAGUCGUCUGAACAGUCAUUGUCUGCAUCAGGUGUUCUGCCUCAGGCUUCCAGUGUCGACGAGGAUCUUGAUAGUAACAAGUUGAAUACUUGUGAUCCUAAGGAGAGUAAUGCAUCUGAAGAGAGAACUUUCACAUUUGAGGUUGGGUCAACGACAGCUAUUUCUGAAAAGUCACCUGUUAGCGGGUGGAAACCAUUUUCUAUUAUGGAAUCCUAUGAAGCACCACCGGUAAGAUUUCAUUGUCCUCUUGGAACACAAAUGAUUUUUCUCGAAUUGUGAUAUGAAUUUUUUUCUUAUGUCUAUUUAUUUUAUGGAUUGUGCUGCCAUUUAUUUCAUGUCAUCUCUAGGCUGAGGAAAUGUGUUCUACGACACCUGGCUUAAAAAAGGCUAGUCCGAAGGCAGUCAGUGAGCCUCGCCCGUCAGUUGAUAUUAAUAGCAAGAAAACUCACAAGGAUAAAACUAGAUCUGCGCCUAGUGGUUCAACUGAAAGGUCAACUUCUUCAAGGAGGAGGUCUGCUAAAGAAAUUUCUCCACAGAAGGACGUGAAUAAGAAGAAUGGGACUUCAUCCAACCCACCUGUUAACACAGUUCCUAUUGUGAGUAGGGAUAUGCAACGAGAUGAGAAAUAUCAAUAUUCAUAUAAUGAAGGAGGUGGUUCAAAGAACUCUGACUUGAGUACUGGGUCAACAUUAUUUCUCCAGCCUUUCACAGACUCACAACAAGUUCAGUUGCGUGCACAGAUUUUUGUAUAUGGAUCUCUGAUGUAAGCUUGGUCAAAUAUAUGUCAUGCUUCUCUCUCUCUCUCUCUCUCUCACACACACACACACACACACACAGAUUUUUUGAUUGUAUUCCGUUCUACCGUUGCAGUCAAGGCAUUCCACCUGACGAGGCUUGCAUGAUUUCAGCAUUUGGAAAUACUGGUGGGUCUUUUGAUUUUUUCAAAGAUAGUGGUAUCCUUUUUGCUGUAUUCCUUCUGAUUUGUUUUGAAUAAAAAUGCAGAUAGCACACGUAGUGCCUGGGAGGGUACUUGGCGUGUUUCCGCAGAAAGGUUCAAUAGUCAAAAAUCACCAAGUGCUAGUUUUGGAACUCCUUUGCCUUCUCAUUCAGGUUUUUUUCUUUCUUUGUUUUUUGGAUUGUGGGUGUUUGUAGGUUAAAAUAUAUAUCGUGUGCUAACUUAUAUAUCCGCAGAUGUGAAAAUUUCAGGUGCCAGGGUCCAUGAGCAACCUUCAAGAUCUACUCCUCUUCAAAGCAAACCACAUGUGACCCCUGUAAACGUGACUGCAAGUCGAACCAUUGGGAAGGGAAGCUCUACAGUGAUUUCUAAUUUGAUGUCCUUGCCAUCACCAUUGUGGCAUGAUGUAUCUCAAUCUGGCAUGACAAGAGGUCCACACUUGGACCCUAAUCAGAUAUUUUCCCCGGCUCAUGGUUAUCAGUCCUCUCACGCAAAGCAGUAUCCAGGUAGUGGUAAUCCAUGGUUAUCACAGGCUUCAUCUCUACCCUGGGUUGCAUCAUCACAGACGUCAGUGCCUUGGGUCACACCAUCACAAACAUCAAUGCCGGACACGCGGACUCAUUUUUCAGGACAGCUAACUGCUGAAACAACUCAAGCAACACCUGUCCGGGACUCAUCACUGCCACAAAGUUCAAACCUGCAAUUCCUGACGACCAGUUCCUUCUUCACUUCUGGUGUCCCCUUGUCUUCAUCUGGGACAACAACUUUACAAGCGGAACCAGCUAGUAAAAUGUCUCCUCACCCUGAAAAAAAGCAUGCUACCAGCAAUCAGAAGACAAGAAAAAGGAGAAAAAACGAGGUAUCUCCCCAUGUUCUUCCUGAUUGUCCACCUCACACAGAGCUGGAUUCCACUAAGCAUCUGCCUAUACCCAUGUCUUCCCUGUCUGCUAUCUCUUCAUCAGUGUCCCCAACUCAUUUCCAGCUAAUUGGGGAUCAUGGCAAAGAGCAGAAGGCUAUGUUGUCUGAAGAGACAUGCAGUAAAAUUGAGCAGGCUAAGUUGCAAGCUGAAGAUGCUGCUGCAUUUGCUGCAGCAGCAAUUAAGCAUUCUGAAGGGAUAUGGAGUCAGUUAACUAUCCAAAGGAAUUCUGGACAAGCUUCAGAAAUUGAAGCAAUGCUUGCUUCUGCUGCUGUUGCUGCUGCUGCAGCUUCUUCUGUUGCAAAGGCAGCAGCUGCUGCUGCUAAGGUUGCAAGUGACGCUGCUAUGCAGGCUAAGUUGAUGUUCGAUGAGGCGGUGUCAAGUAGGACGGGCAGUGAUACUCUGGCAUCUCAAAUUUUCUAUAAUGAUCAGGGGACUAACUUGCCGAGAGCAACUCCCGUUUCCGUUUUUAAGGGCAAAGAUAAAGCCACUAGUUCUACUUCAGUUAUUUCUGCAGCAAAGGAGGCAGCCAGAAGGAGAGUGGAAGCAGCUUCAGCCGCUUCAAAACGUGCUGAAAAUUUAGAUGCAAUCGUGAAAGCUGCAGAACUUGCUGCAGUUGCUGUCUGCCAAGCAGGAGCUGUUAUUGCGAUGGGGGACCCUUUACCUUUUACAUUAAAUGAUCUGGUAGAAGCUGGUCCGGAGGGUUAUUGGAAAGCUCCAAAUGCUGCUAGUGGCUAUGCCGCGAUGGCAAGCACAAACAAUGAGAAGCAGGCAGCUUUGGAAUUUGCUGAUGGUCAUAACAAGUCUCUUCAAGGUCUAGGUAAUGCGCUUUUUAGCCAGAAGCGCAUCCUACCAACAAUUGAUGAGGGGAAUAAAUCUUCUCAAGAUGAACCUGAGCAAUCCGCGGUGAAUCAGACAGGCAAGCCAAAAUAUUUAUCUUUUCGUGGUUCCAUGCAUGAAAGGUGAAACUUUUCGUUAUUUUUAUCUUGACUAAAUAACGUCUCACUGGAUCAAAUGCAUUUCAGGAGUUGCCCCCUUUGAUGCUCCAGACCCUGAACUUAGUAAAGAUCAUGGAGGGGAAAAUCUGAAAGAAAGGUACAUACAGGAAGGUUCUCUUGUUGAGGUAUGUCUUCCCGGUUCGUUUAGUAAUAACAUUGUUUCCUUUAUGUUCAUCUAAAUCAGUGCAGUGGACACUUCUUAUGGAAUUCUAUCUUAAGCGUUUUGUUGUCUCUUUGGUCUUUCUAUAAAUAGGUUUGAAUUUAUUUCAUUUCACUAUUUACUUUUUGCUAUCACCACCUUUCAAAAUUUCAGGUUCUCUUUGACGAGGAUAAUGCAAGAAGGAUAUGGUAUUCAGCUAAGGUUCUCAGUUUGAAAGAUGGCAAAGCAUAUGUGAACUAUAAUGACUUUCCUGCCAAUGCUGGUAAACCUAGAUAGUCUUGGCCACAUACACGGCUUGAGUGCUGUGAAAUUUAUUCGUUUUUCUGCUAUUGGAGCAUGCUAAUUUUGCAAGAACCUUGCUUUGUAAAUAAUUUUGUAGGCUCUGAUAAGCAGAAAGAGUGGAUACCUCUCGAAGGACAGGUUGAUAAGCCUCCUAGAAUACGCAUUGCUCAUCCGUUUAUGACUGUAAAAUAUGAAGGAACAAGGAAACGAAGACGAGCAGCUGUAGGCAACUUUCUUUGGGCAGUUGGAGACCGAGUAGAUGCAUGGGUACACAAUGGGUAAGCAAGUUUUGUGCUAUUUAUGACUUUUGUUGCGGAGCAUUACGAUCUGCAUUACGAUCUUUCAUUUCAAACCUCUGGUUAUUGCUCGAAAGAACUCGAAAUAUUGACAUAGAUGAUGUUAUUUGUCCUAUCCACUGAUUGAUAGGAAAAGGAGUAUGAUGGAAGCAUGCAACCUGAUAGAACUAUUGAGAUAAUAGAAUGAAAUAUACUUUGGAAAAAGUGUUAAGUUUAGAUGGCGCUUCGGAUGUUAUCUUUUCCGUAUUAAUUCGGUUUUCAGAUUUUGGUGAAUGAUGUUAUUCUGGGAACUUGAGGAGCUAUAUAAUUUCCUUGUCAGGUGGUGCGAAGGGGUUGUGACAGAGAAAAGCAAAGAAGAUGAAACAAAGUUAACUGUCCACUUUUCAGGUGCGAGUGUCUAUUAAGUUCAAAAAUAUAGAAUGUGAAGCAUGAAUAUGCAUUCUAAAUUUUAUUUAUUGCUUCAAAUGCUACGGUGUACAUAUUUUUUAUUUUCUAAAAACGUGCCGAGCUGUUCCCAGCAGUCAUACUAAGAAAUUUACCCCUGCUCACCCCAAGUAUAGCAAAAGAAGGUCAAAACCUCUGAAAGAAGUUUACCUUAUGGCGUGUAGAAAUGAUGAUAUUUGGAGGGCUUGUGAAUAUUUAGAUCCUUCAAUGGACCUGAUUUAUCCCUGAUUGAUGUAAUAUCUCUAUCAUAUCCUUUCUUUUCUUUUGCUCCACAUGUAUCUUUUUCAUUCGCCAAAACUUUUGGCUGUUGUCCAUUUGGGCGAGGUUUCCCUUCAGAACCUGGGUUUUGUUGGAAAAUUUAGUGUAUUUUUUGCUUUCAUUUGGACCAUGGCUUUACGGAUAUAACCCUUAUGAUGGAAAUUCCAACCAUGAAAAACUUUAGGCCAGAAGAGGUCGAAGGAGAAUAUAAGGAUUUCAUUCUUUGUAGCACCAUAAGUGUCAAGGCGACUUUGGCAUUAGCUUGGCGGAUGGAUGCCUGCUGUCGUGGCGACAGGGUGUGGUAUUUGAGCGAAGUCUAGGAUUGAGGAAGAUUCCAAUGAAUAUUUUUAUUAGCAUCCUUAUUUUUGUUUAUCCCGUCAGUUUGACGUCAGAACAGGUGUAAAUUAAACGAACUUUACGUACAGUUGCAGAUUGGAAACAGAUACAUUAUUGUAUAUAAAUCACUUGCUCCUAUAUGACGAUCCUCAAAAGUAACUUUAGACUUGUAUAUUAUCAUUUUAUGAAGGGACUGUUUUUUCCAGAGAAUGUUGCAAUAUCAUUGGUCAAGAACGUCCAGAUCAUAUUUUGAAUUCACCUCGUUUCAUAAUCACAGUUGAUCACAAUAUCUUGUUUUGACUCAAAGAUGAGAUUAUAGCAUCAUCAUGGUAUAUAUUUUUUUUUAAUGCAUAUUAUGGCUGAAGGCAUGCUGUAUGAAUUUAGUUUUAAUAAAAAUAGAUUAAUGCCUAAUGUUAGUAAAUAAAGUGUGCAACAAGAUUGUUGGGUACUUUUGUCGUGACAAUUAUUGGGUUUUAUACUCUUCUGCAUUUAUUUCAACAUGAAAUGCAGCUGGAGGAGCUGUGUCCAUCAUCAGAGCGUGGCACCUCCGACCAUCUCUUGUCUGGAAGGAUGGCCAGUGGGUGGAAUGGUCUCGCCUUCGGGAGAAUACUUCAUAUCCGUAUGAGGUCUGGAUCUCUUCACCAACCCGUUGAGCAUCUACACUGUUGGGGUUCCUUGCUAUUAUGCUCCUGAUUUCUUCUUAAAUUAUGAUCAGGGUGACACUCCUAAGGACAAACGGCAGAAGUUGGGUAAACUUGAGGCAGAAAAUCAUCCUAAACUCAAGAGCAUUGACCUUGGCAAACAAUCUGCAAAUUUCCAGAUUGGAAUUUCAGGGAAGCUUGAAGAGUCGAGGCCAUUAUUACUAUCUGAGAAGGACAAAAUAUUUUCCGUUGGGAAGAAUACCGAGGGUAGCAACCUUAAUGCGCUGAAAAUGAGAAGAACUGGACAGAAAGAAGGAUCAAGGGUGGUGUUUGGUGUUCCUAAGCCUGGAAAGAAGAGAAAAUUCAUGGAAGUAAGCAAACAUUAUGUCACAGGAAAAAUAGAAAAUGUAAGUGAAGGGAGCGAUGCCCUAAAGAAUGUGAAAUAUUUGCCCACGCAGACAUCUGGUGUCUGGAAGAACGCUUCAAAAGUCGAGUCAAAGGGCAGAAAAGGAGGUGAACCUAAGCCCAAGGUGAUUAGACCUGUGAGACCUCAAAGCUCGCAGACCAGAGGUGCAACUGAGAGGGAGGGUCCAGCCCUCUCUUCUGCAUUAGCUUCAAAUCAAGGCACGGCCAUACCCACAGCCAAGGCUUCUGGCAAUCUCGAAGAACAAGCAGAAAAGAGCAUUUCUGGGCCUGAAACAUUCACAAACAUUCUGGGAACUGAAGACAGUGGAGUCCUCGAGUCUUCAAUGCGACAUGUUGCUGCCAUGCCUACAUCCAAAAAGAAAGCUGCGACUUCCAGUGAAUCAGAUGGUACGAAAGGAAAAGUUGCAUCGGCCUUGGAGAGAACUAAAAGUGAAGAAAGAUACGGAAGUGUUUCAGAUCGCACUGGGAAACUGAGCGCUGAUGCUGGCGAACUGAGGAGGUCGAAUCGCAGGAUCCAACCGACCUCAAGGGUAAGUCCCGCCUGA